AUGAAGAUGUCGCUCAAAGCAAACAAAUGGAAGCUCUCAUUAGAAGACAAUUUGUUACUGAUACUAUCAUCCACCUCAGUGAAACCACAUUUUGAUUACGAUCAGUGGCAUAUGAUCGACGAGUAUAUCCAGCAAGCAUACGGCAUCAAGCGCCAACCCAUCCCUCUCGCGACGACCACACAGUUCAGUAGCAUCCUUGAUCGGUUUAUUAACAAACAGAUUGGCCGGGAUGAGGCUGAGAUCAGCUUUAAAUCUCUGGCUCUACCUACCAUGAAAAAGAAAAUUGCCAAAGCGAUCAGCAACUUGGUUUCAAAGUUACCUCUUGUGACUAUCGAAGAAAACGUGAACGAGAUGGAGCUUCGCUCUCGCUUCAUUGAUCCUUUUUUGGCCGGUCUAUUUGAUGAUCCAGACAAUAGUAUCUACUUGCGCUGGCUGGACGAAACCACCUUGGAGGCCAAGGCUAAGGAAGCAUCAAGUUCCCGGCCAGACCUGAGUGUUACCAAGUCUUUAGGCAUCAAAUGGGCAACCACCCUGGCCUAUGGUGAAGCCAAAUCUGCCAUGUAUAGCGACGAUCACUUUAUUAUUUGCAAGGAUCUGAUCAAGGUAGCCAGGUUUUGCAAGGACGCUCUCGACGACCAGUUGUUUGAAGGAAUUCUGGCCGUACAAAUCAUUGGACGAACUGUUGUGUAUUAUCUUCUGACGUUACCCGCCCAAAGCAUUUAUACCAUGAUUCCUCUGGCAACUAUCAAGGUCCCAGACAGCAUCAACGACUUGCCUGGUCCGGUUUACAAGGUUCCUGAUAUUCUCAAAGUUUUGGACAUCUUUGAACGCGUCUGUGUUCGUGCAGCACACCCGGAGACCAUCAAGCAUCGCUGUGCUCCAACCUUGCCAAUGGCAAAUAUCCAACAGCUAUUUUCGCAGUCCAAGAACCGCAAGAGGUCCUGUCAUAUCCAACUUUACCACAAUUGA